UACCUGAGAAACAUUAGGCUCUCGCUCUGAUACGCACUUCUUAACACCUGAGUAAGCGCCACUCAUUACACUGGAGCCAUCCUAGCCUUGACCACGGCAUCCGCGGGGCUAUCCGGUACACCAGGGUUCACAUUUAAUGUGUACGCAUUCAGACAAGACCCUGACAAUAUUACUUCCUGUGAAGAGAGCGCGAGGGAUUUGUGGGAGAGGAGGGGUUGAACUGAAGGGAGGGGAGACUGGGUGGAAGGAAGGCUUAUAAUAAAGUAUGAAAAAGAGAGUUAAGAGAAGAGAGAGAAGGAGUUCAUAUGAGUGGCUGGGGGAAUUGUUCUGAACCGUGAGUAAUGUAGUGAGGGUUCAUUUUUCCACAUAAAUGAAAUAAUGAAUGCUGCAGUGGGGCAGUUUUUUUUAUGUGUCUUGUUUCUUUGGCGGUGUUGGAGUAUUACUAUGUUUGCAUUCAAUACGACUGCAGCAAAAUGCAAUGGCCAGGCGUCACAACGACACAGGAAAGCAUUAUUUAGGUUAUAUUCUAUUCAAAAAAGGCAUUCAAGAGAGUCAUUGACAUUUGAAAGCACUUUCAGAGGAGAGAGAGGGUCUUUUUAUUUUUUAUUUUCUCAGUCCUGAUUUUCUCUUUUUCUUGUUUUCUCUCUUCAGUGAAGUGACCACCAGGGAAGCUUAAAAAGAGAGAGGGUGAAAUAGCGGGUGCUGUGUGUGUGUGUGUGUGCGCGUUACGAGACCAUGCUCGGGUGUGAGGGAGGGGCAGGGCUGCGGAGGUGGCUGACCCUGGUCACAGGGCUGCUGGAGUGCCUUUGUUUUGCAGGGGUCGUGUUCGGCUGGGCCUCCCUGGUGUUCGUCCUGAAGACAGAAGGCUACUUCAGCUACCUGUGUGUCAACAUCCCCGGGGUCAAUGGAAUGCAAUUCCUAGACUGCAGUGGUCAGGAUGAACAGUUCUCCCUCAUCUUCACCAUCGCUUCCUUCAUGACCAACUUUCUACUUCUGCCCAAUGGCUUCCUGUUCGACCGUUUCGGCACCAUGGUAGCCAGGCUGCUGGGAAUAUCACUGUACACCACUGGUGCCUUGUUUGUGGCCUUUUCAAGUUCAGCUCUGUCCUCUCUCCUCUUCCCGGCGCUUUCCUUCAUCGCUGUGGGAGGCAUCUUGUUUCUGGUCACCAACACGCAGAUAGGCAACCUGUUUGGUUCCACUCGCUCCACCGUCAUCACCCUUUACAAUGGUGCCUUCGACUCCUCCUCCGCCCUCUUCCUCAUCAUCAAGCUGCUAUUUGAGGCUGGGAUCUCUCUACGUGCCUCUUUCCUCUUCCUGGCUGCGUGUGGCGUCAUCCACCUGGUCAGGACCUUCCUCCUGCUACCCAGAACACACAUCCCCUACCCCCUCCCUGAGGGCUACACCUACGGGGUGAAGAGCUGUGGCCAGGCCAAGACCUUCAGCCCAGAGCAGGCAGCAGCCAAUGGCAACAUGCAGAGGGAUGUCGUCACGGAGGAAAUGCCUUUUAACAAGGAGACCGCAGAGAAAGUGGCUACUUUCUGGGAGUGUUUCCUUUCCAAGUUCUUCAUCUGGCACCUGGUGUGGCUUUCUGUCAUGCAGCUGAGGCACUACCUGUUCAUCGGCACACUCAACCCCAUGCUGCAGAGACUGACCCAGGGAGAAACCUCUCUGGUGAGCACGUACACCAAUGCGUUUGCUGUGACCCAGCUGUGUGGGGUGCUGUGUGCCCCCUGGAACGGCCUCAUCAUGGACCGACACAAGGGCAAGCCCAGGACCCCCGGAGUGAGUGAGAAGGAGGCAGACCUGCGUGCGUCGGUGCUCUCCCUGACCCUGACGGCUCUGCAGUGUGUCCUGUUCUCCAUCUGUGCCUCCACCCCCUUCCUCCCCCUCCAGUAUCUCACCUUCAUCCUGCAGGUCCUCAACCGAUCCUUCCUCUACGGAGGCCAUGCAGCAUUCAUCAGCAUUGCUUUUCCUCCCUGUCACUUUGGGAAGCUGUAUGGUAUGGCUCUGUCUUCAGUGGUUUCUCUGCUGCAGUACCCCUGCUUCAUCCUGGUCAAAGGAGUGCUGGGAGGAGACCCACUAUACGUGAACAUAGCUCUGACGUUACUCAGCCUACUGGCCUUCAUCCAUCCUGUCUGUGUCUAUCUGCAUUGUCGUGACCCGGCAGCCCGGAGGGGUAAACCCAAGGACUCACCUUCCUCUUAGACCAGCUCUAAAAAUACUUUCAAACGGUCAUUUCAGCCCUCACUCCUCCAUUAAAACACCAGUUUGAAUAUA